AUGAAGUCCCAAUAUACUGCUGCCGCCGGUCUACUCUUUGCCCUUGGUGCCGCUGCUGACUCCACCAUCGCCAGUGGAGAGGGAUUUGGCACUUACUACUACGACAUCAAGCAGGUCGAUGCUUGCGGUACCUCGUUCUCGUCCCAGAACCAAGGGGGAGUUAUGUGCAGCUCCGAAACGCUCCAGUCUCUUGACAUGUUGAACACAAACUACAUCGUUGCCAUGAAUAAUAGCCAACUGCGGUCCGACCCAUCCAAGUACUGCGGCAAGAAAGUCGUCGUCACUGUCAACGGGAAAAAGUCUGAUAUGCCUCUGUUCAUCGGUGACGGCUGUGAGCGCUGUGCCACCGGCUCUUCCACGAGCGAUACCUGGAAUGCGCAGGGCGCUCCUGGCCUUGACUUCAGCUACAGCGUUCUCGACGAGUUGACAGGAGGCAGCGCCUGCGAAACUGGUCACAGCGCCAUCUCUUGGGAAAUCCUGGACGAGUCAAUCCAUGAUUUUGCCUCUGGCGGUUCAUCCGAUUCGACCGAAUCGUCUCAAGGUUCGACACCUACAACGCUUGUGACCAGCGCCGCUCCGGCUGCUACUGGUGAAUCUUCCGCUUGCGAGAACAACGCAUGGCAAUGCAAUGGAAAUGUUAUUGAGCAAUGCGUUAACAGUGCCUGGAACACCCGUGUUUCUUGCGCUGCUGGUUCUACUUGCAAGGGUGAUUCCAAUCCAUACUGCGCCUGA